AUGGAGAUCCUUUUGUCAAAUUCGAACCCGGCCAAUGCAUGCAUCGCAAAACAGCCCCCGACGACCUUAAACACUAGGCCAUCACGCCGUCAAAUGAUAAAUGCGGUCAGGCAGUGGGAAGCGGGAGUACCGAGUAAGAAUAAAACGUUGAAAAGACAAAAAACGGAUUUUGAAGAGAUCAAUUUUAAAUUGUUUGAAUGGUUUUCUGAAGCUCGGUCAAAGAAUCUGCCAUGUGGUUUUGGAAUAGGAGAAAAUAUAGAUACAGAUGUGCAGCUGAUUGAAGCUGAUCCUACCAUAACCAGCCUUUUGGGUUCUGUUACUUGGGAGAAUUUUGUAACUAUGGAUAACAAUGAUGACUCAAUCCAUAGCCCACAAAGUUCUGAAAAUCAUGAACAAUUUGAAGUCCAAGAUGAUGAAGAGGAAGAAGAGGCUCCAGUCCAAGAAGUUUCUACAAAGAUGGCAUUACAAUGUGUCAGGAAGCUAAUUUCCUAUUCGAUACAUAUGGGCAAUAGAGAAUUGUUACAAUUUUCUGAGAACAUUGAAAAUAUUUUAGAAAUUGAAUUUAUAUCAAAAAAGAUUUUGAUGUUGAGUCUUGAGGAGAGGACAGUUAAGAGGAGAGGACAGUUUGGACAUUCUCCAAUGGUGUCCUCUCUAGAGGACUUUUACUGUACAAUGAAGAACAAACCAAUUAAAUAA